AUACAGAUUGUCUUUAGGCAAGAGAGAGAAAUCACUUGGUGCGGAAGGAUCCCUCAUGCCUUUUUUGGGAAGAAAUAGUCCCGCCUAGCUAAGUUGAGUGCGGAAAAGUGAGCAGGUCUGUGCAGAAGGCUAAAGUUGGUGCUUGGCUCUGGGGUGGCCUUAUUGUACUUGUGCAAACGGGAUCUCCCUUCCCCCUUAUCUGUGCUCCUCAUAAUAUGUCAGCCCCCCUAAACUGUGCCUUGUAGCCGGAGCAUAUUCUCACUGCACAGGGACUGGAAGAAUGAGACUGGGAAGUUGGCAGCGGAUGCCCUGCCUGGCUGUACUGGUGUUGGUGCUGGGGCACUGGGCACAGAAUGCAGAGUCUGCGGCCUGUCAAGGUUGUACAUCGGUAUCGAAAUGUGACUGCAGUGGUGUUAAAGGAGAAAAGGGUGAGAGAGGCCUUCCAGGGUUAGAAGGACACCUUGGUCUACCAGGAUUUCCUGGACCUGAAGGACCGCCUGGACCUCGUGGUCCCAAGGGUGAUUCUGGUUUAUCAGGGUCUCCAGGACCCAAAGGAAUACGAGGACCUCCUGGACCACCCGGAUUUCCAGGAAACCCUGGCCAGCCUGGCCUGCCGGGACAUGAUGGUGAACCAGGGCCUGCAGGUAUCCCAGGAUGCAAUGGCACAAAGGGAGAUCGUGGUUUCCCAGGAGGUCCAGGUUUUUCGGGUACACCAGGAAUACCAGGUCCCCCAGGAUUACCAGGUGUGAAAGGAGAUCCAGGUGAAUCUUUCCCUUUAGCACCGGGACAAAAAGGUGAUCCAGGAUUACCAGGUCUUCCAGGUUUACCAGGUCGGACUGGUCCUAUUGGAGUUCAAGGUCCUGUGGGUCGACCUGGUCCUGCUGGCUUACCGGGGUCACCAGGAGUACCUGGACCUCCAGGACCCAAGGGUAACAUGGGGCUGAAUUUCCAGGGAUCAAAGGGAGAAAAGGGUGAACCUGGUAUUCAAGGACUACCAGGACCACCGGGACAACUCGAGCAAGUUGAACCUCCACAAACUACAAUUCAGAAGGGAGAGAAGGGUAUCCCCGGUGACCAAGGAUUUCCAGGAGAGCGUGGGCCAAUGGGUCCUCCUGGUCCUCCUGGAGGUGCAAAGGGAGAGAAGGGAGAACCAGGGGAACCUGGAAAGAUUGGGAAGCCUGGAAAAGAUGGAAAGAUUGGUCUGCCCGGUGGAGAGGGUUUCAGGGGUGACCCAGGCUUGCCGGGAGGUCCAGGCAGAGAUGGGGACAAGGGUCAAAAAGGUGAAAAUGGGCUCCCUGGGCCACCAGGAGAGGUAAUUUCAAGACCAGGGACAGGCAGAGUUGGACCAAAAGGAAACACAGGACCCCCUGGAAUAACAGGGCCAAAAGGAGACCGUGGAUUCCCUGGAUUACAAGGUCCCCCUGGUUUUCCUGGAACACCAGGUACUUCAAGUGUAGGCCCAUCAGGAAAUCCAGGCCUUCCUGGUGAAAGAGGGCAAAAAGGCGAUGAUGGUCCACCAGGAAUCUCUAUUCCAGGGCUUCCAGGUUCUGAAGGUCUUGCAGGACCCCCUGGUCCCCCAGGUUUGCCUGGUCGACCUGGAACAUCUGCAGUUGGUCCUGCAAUGGUAUGCCAGCCAGGGCUACCUGGUACUCAAGGACUUCCAGGAGAUCCAGGAUUUUUAGGAGAAAGAGGACAGAAAGGUGACAAAGGAGACACAUGUUAUAACUGCAUAGGAAAUGGUAUUUUAGGUCCGAAGGGGGAUCCUGGUUUGCCUGGUUUCCCUGGAAGUCCAGGUUCACCUGGAGCUCCAGGGCAAAAAGGAGCAAUGGGUAUCCCAGGAACAAAUGGGCUUCCAGGACCUCCGGGUUUUCCUGGCAAUCCUGGUAUCUCUGGCCGACCCGGUCCCAAAGGAGAACCUGGAGAAGUAAUUGGCGAAAUUAAAGGAGAAAAGGGGGACCCUGGAUUCCCAGGUCCAGCUGGAUCUCCUGGUCUGGAUGGUGUCCCUGGAAGAGACGGAACCCCAGGGAUCCCUGGCCCUAAGGGAGAGCCGGGUGGCUUCGUGUUGAAAGGCGAUCGUGGUUUUCCUGGUGACAUUGGGUUCCCUGGACAUCCUGGAGAUCGAGGACUAAUGGGUCCUCCUGGUUUUGGUCCCAGUGGUCCACCUGGAGAGAAGGGAAUUCAAGGUGUUUCUGGUCGUCCAGGAGCCCCUGGAAUACCUGGCCCUAAAGGAUCUCCUGGACAGACUGUGAUGGAAAAAGGGGAUUUUGGACCCCCUGGUCUCCCAGGUAUCCCAGGGGAUGCCGGAACUCCAGGUGAACCAGGUCUACCUGGUCAGCCAGGAAUUCCAGGUGUUCCAGGUUCAAAAGGAGAACCAGGCAUUCCAGGCAUUGGACUUCCUGGGUCUGCAGGCGCAAAAGGAUUUCCUGGUAAUACUGGGCCACCAGGUGCACCAGGGUUGGCAGGAAGACCUGGUUCAGAUGGGUCACCAGGACAGCCUGGCUUGCCAGGACCAAAGGGUGACCCUGGGUUUGGUUUACCUGGGCUACCAGGCUCCCCAGGCCCUGCUGGAUUGAAAGGAUCCCAAGGACCAAAAGGAGAAUCAGGCUUCCCAGGUUCUCCAGGCCUUCCUGGACGAGCAGGAUUUGAUGGGCCUGUGGGACCAAAAGGUGACUCUGGACAAAAUGGCUUACCAGGAACCCCUGGACCACCUGGGGUACCUGGUGCUGGUGGUCAAGGCCCUCCAGGACAACCAGGGCUUCCAGGGCCAGCAGGCCCUCCAGGUCCCACAGGGAACACUGGAAUACAGGGAGAGAAAGGAGAUCCUGGUGCUCCAGGGUUUGACAUGCCAGGCCCACCAGGAGAUCGUGGUAGCCCUGGAUUUCCAGGAGAAAGAGGGUUUACAGGUCCACCAGGGCCACCUGGAGCCCAAGGUCGCGAUGGAUUACCAGGCUUCUCAGGUGCUAAAGGUGAAAUGGGUGUAAUGGGACCACCAGGAUCUGUCGGACCAGCUGGUAAUCCUGGAAACCCUGGUUUACCUGGGUCUAAAGGAAAUGAUGGGAAUCCCGGACAACCUGGCCUGUCUGGUUUACCAGGGGCUGAAGGUGAAAAGGGAGAGAGAGGAUUACCAGGACCCCCUGGAAGAGUUGAUUCUGCAAACCUACAGUUUAAAGGAGUUAAAGGAGAACCUGGCUUGCCAGGUUCAUCAGGACUAAGUGGGGCAAAAGGUGCUGCUGGACUUCCUGGUAACUCAGGAUCCCCAGGGCAGAUUGGAAUUCCAGGAUCUCCAGGUCUUCCAGGGCUCAAGGGAGAUUCUGGCCUUCCUGGUCAGCCGGGUACUUCAGGUCCUCCUGGAUUAAAAGGGAGCAUGGGAGAGAUGGGACUUCCUGGGCCUCCUGGUUCUAAAGGUUCCCCUGGACAGCCAGGAAGGCCUGGUUCAGCAGGGUCUCCUGGGUUUUCUGGACUGAAAGGUGAAAAAGGUGAACCAGGAAUUUCAGGAGCUGGUAUCCCAGGCUUUCCUGGGCAGAAGGGUGAACCAGGGCAAAAUGGCUUUCCAGGCAGCCCUGGUAGUAAAGGCAACCCAGGAAACCCAGGACUGCCCGGCCUACCAGGGAUUUCAGGACCUAAAGGGGAUCCAGGACUUCCAGGAUUCCCAGGCAGCCCUGGAUCUCCAGGCCUUAAAGGAGUUGAUGGGCCCACAGGAAACUCUGGGUUACCCGGAUCUCCAGGCUUACGGGGUGAAUCAGGUCGUCCCGGACCUCAAGGAACUCCUGGUGAGAAGGGUCAACCAGGUCAGGAUGGAAUUCCUGGGCCUUCUGGUUUGAAGGGAGAACCAGGUUUGCCAGGUUUUGGAUCCCCAGGGCUGCCUGGCCUUCCAGGAAGUCAAGGUCAAAAGGGUGAUGCAGGACUUUCUGGAAGCCCUGGAAACCCCGGACUUCCAGGGUUCAAAGGAGAUCAAGGCUUUCCAGGAUCUCCUGGGCCACAAGGACCAACAGGACAACCUGGCCUACCAGGGCCACGUACAGAAGGACCCAAGGGAGACCCUGGGCCUGUAGGUCCCCCUGGAAGACCAGGCCCUCAAGGUUAUCCAGGUCCUCCUGGCUCAGAAGGUCCACGUGGUCCCCCUGGUGAUGGAGGCUUUAAAGGAGAAAAAGGAAACCCUGGAUUUCCAGGUCAGCCUGGACUUACAGGAUCUAAAGGAGAACAUGGAGCAUCUGGUUUCCCAGGUGACCCAGGACGACCAGGUCUUAAUGGGAUGAAAGGUGAUCAAGGUGUUCCUGGUGUUCCAGGAUUCCCAGGUAUGAAAGGACCAGGUGGCCCUCCUGGAUUGGCUGGCCUUAAAGGUGAAUCCGGACUCCCAGGUGCUAUAGGUUUGCCAGGUCUUCCUGGGCCUAAAGGAGAAUACCGUGAGAUAAAAGGAGCUCCAGGUCUGCCAGGUCCUCCAGGUCGCCCAGGAGUAAAUGGACCUCCAGGACCCCCCGGAUCACCAGGACUUCCAGGUUCUUUGGGUCUCCCUGGUGAUACUGGCAGAGAUGGACUCCCUGGAUUUGAGGGACAACUUGGACGAAAGGGUGACCGAGGCCUACCAGGCCAACCAGGAUCUCGUGGAAUUAAUGGCCCACCUGGCCCAGAUGGUUUACAAGGCCCCCCUGGCCCCCCUGGUCUAGGAUCUGUUGCUCAUGGAUUCCUUAUAACCCGACACAGUCAGUCAACAGAUGCCCCUGGCUGUCCUUUUGGAACCACCAGGAUCUAUGAUGGCUAUUCACUACUUUAUGUGCAAGGAAAUGAGAGGGCACACGGACAAGAUUUGGGUACCGCUGGCAGCUGCCUCCGUCGCUUCAGCACAAUGCCUUUCAUGUUCUGCAACAUUAAUAACGUGUGUAACUUUGCUUCAAGAAAUGACUACUCCUACUGGUUGUCCACGCCUGAGCCUAUGCCUAUGAGCAUGGAACCUUUAAGAGGGAGGGAUAUCCAACCAUUCAUUAGCAGGUGUGCGGUCUGUGAAGCGCCAGCCAUGGUGAUUGCAGUUCACAGCCAGACAAUACAAAUCCCACAGUGCCCACAAGGCUGGUCCUCUCUCUGGAUUGGAUACUCUUUCAUGAUGCAUACAAGUGCCGGUGCUGAAGGCUCAGGACAAGCUCUGGCAUCGCCUGGAUCGUGCUUGGAGGAAUUCCGAUCUGCACCUUUCAUUGAAUGUCAUGGCCGGGGAACCUGCAAUUACUAUGCCAAUUCAUACAGUUUUUGGUUGGCCACAGUGGAAAUGUCUGAAAUGUUUAGCAAACCUCAGUCAGAAACACUAAAAGCGGGUGAUCUAAGGACACGCGUCAGUCGCUGCCAAGUUUGUAUGAAGAGGACGUAACACUGUGGAGAACUCGAUCACGGGGGAAUUCUCCUUAGGUUUGAAUUGUCCUAUCCUGUGACAAUGGUGCUACUGUGUAGAUAAAGAGUAAGAACCAGAUACUGUGUCGAACCAAUCCUAAGUGUACCUCACCAAAGUGCCAUUCUGAACCUUGCCUGGUGCAUUUUGAUCCAACAGACUGAGAAAAAAAAACCAACCUUUUUUUUUUUGCUUCGAAAACCGUCGGGCAAGGAUCAAUCAAAUGAAGUUUUUUUUUUCCCAGUACCCGAAUGGCACUGUAUUCAUCCGCUGUGUAAGAAGCGAAGCACUGAGUAUGGUUACAAUAACAAGGCUGCAGUUUGGAAACAAAAAAAAAAAGAUAAAAAAAAGACCAACUAAAAAAAAAAAAUUAAAAAAGUUAUUUUUCAUGGUGCUACUAACCCAUCCAUAACCCGGGUUUAUUAUAAAGAAAUGCUAAGCUUAUUUUUCUCUGUAAGUAAUGAAAUGUGUAUAUUGUGUAUUUUUUUAGACUCUGAAUGAAAGCAUUUAGCGCCCAUCUUGCCACAUCACAACUCUUGUAUACAGGCCCAUGGCAUAUCCACUGCAGUAUUUCCUAUAUAUAUAUAUAUUAACUCCAUUCACAUCAGCCAAUGACUGCUUUCGUUUUUAUAUUACCAAUCCACAAUACCCAAAUUGGAAUUUAGCUCCUCUUUGUAUAUGUCUGUUUGUUAUAAUCGUCAGCGAAAUUUGAUUUUUAUUCUGUUUUUAAUUUUUUUGUACUCCAUUACCAGCCAGAUGUUUUUAUGUCUGACACGUAAAGAUUCGCCAAAUAAUAAAAAAUCCGGAAGCAUUUUACGCUAAAAAUCACUUGUGUGCCAGAAAUAAACAGAGACUGUUUCUAUCAGUAUUUUUCAUUCGUGUUUGUGCGAAGUAGCUGCGUUUCUUAAUGCUAGGAACAUUUUUUGCAUUCCAUACAACCCUGGUACAUCCUCCAUUUGCCAUUGUUUGUACAGCAAAAAAACAAAAUUAGGUUUAAUAAAGAUUAUUUAUCAUAUAAGAUACAAUGAUUUGUAAUGUGUUUCUUAGGCGAUAAGGAGGCGUCACACUGGCACGGCACAACUACACAAAGGCAAUGUAGCGUGCAGCUAGAUGUCCAUUACACUACCUAUGUCUCCCACCUUCCUAUUGGCCUGCUAUAGUAACCCUGCUACAGAUUCCCAUCAGUCAUAAAAUUCUGUUACUUUAAACCUGCUCUGUGUGUGAAGAUAUAAAUGUGGCUGUAAAUCCAGAUCAGAUGAAUUUGCCCAAAUCUGUGGUGUGAUUUUUAAAUUAUCUAGUGAUCUAUACUUCCUAUUUUAAGUAUUAUGUGCACAUUGUGUUGUCAUUAUGUGUCAUUUUUUUCACCUGAAUUUUUAGCAAAAAAAAAAAAGAAAAUAAUAAGACCAAUGUCUGUUUUCUGUCAAAGAACUUCAGAAAUAAAGAAUAAAAUCCAGACACCACUUCAA